AUGGCAAGCCCCUCCAACACGAUUAUUAUCGCCGAUGACGAGGAACUGCCAAGCCUUGAGCCAGGUAGCUCACGACCUCAGAGGGCCCCUCGCCGUGAUUACAGUUACCGAGAUUUUGAGAGCAUGAUCGUUGAGGCGGUCGAUGAUGAGACGGAUAUGACACCAUCACGCAAACGCAAAAGAACCGAAACGAAGGAGCCCUCUGCUUUAGUACCAGUUCCUCACAAGACCUUCUUCGUCCUUGACUAA